GGGUCUUUGCCGGAAAUAUGGCAAGACCGAGGCAGCCAGCCAGAUACGUAACAGUGCAGAACUACGUGAUUGGCUAAUAGACAAAGAAAGCCGGACUCCACUGGUUCGGUUCAAGAUGCGAUCAUCCGUGGGUCCAGCGGCUGCGGUGCAAUGCUAUGGCGUCACCAGUUGGACCCUCCCGGCUUUGACUUCAUCUGUCUUCUUUUCACUUCCCCUGUGCCUGUCUGUUAUUCCGCAAUCAUUAUACUUCUUUUCCAACAGUCCCUGACAUAAACUCAAUUGCUUUGGUCGGUCGCAUGGUCCGUGUCUGCCAGCAGCCAUGCCGCCUCACGAUGGCCUCACGGCCGCCGACUGGCCGGAGGAGCAAAUCGCCAAUGUCAACUCCCAUGCCGGUCAUGGCCGGCCUAAUCGGCGCGCGCAUAUUCGGGAGAGAGGACUUAACACGGGGGUCCGGGUGAUGGAUUCAGACGACGGUCGCCUGGACAUCAAAAUUCGCGACCAUAAACCAUGGGUAGGGAAGAUCAUCAACCAUCUCCAACACCAGCCAGAGCCGGUUCAGGAAGAUCGCAAGCCCUCCGUCUGCCUUGCCGAAGAUGAGGAAUGCCGCUGUCCCCUCAAACUCAACAUUGUCGUCCAAGUCGUUGGCUCCCGCGGCGAUGUCCAACCCUUUAUCGCCCUCGGAAAGGUGCUUAAAUCCCACGGUCAUCGUGUGCGUCUCGCCACGCAUCUCGCGUUUCGUGAAUCUAUUGAAAACGAGGGCUUGGAAUUCUUCAAUAUCGGUGGGGAUCCGGCAGAGUUGAUGGCUUUCAUGGUACGCAACCCCGGCUUGAUGCCGCAUAUGAGCACGAUUCGGAGCGGGGCGAUUCCACGUCGACGACGCGAAAUGAAGGCAAUUUUCUCCGGCUGUUGGCGCUCGUGUUUCGAAACGGGCGAUGGAACAGGCAUGCAUCAUAUUUCCGAGGAUCCAUGGAAUGAAACAGCGGACUACCGGACGCAGCCGUUCGUCGCGGAUGCGAUCAUCGCCAAUCCACCGAGUUUUGCCCAUCUCAGUUGUGCGGAGAAGCUAGGUAUUCCCUUGAAUAUGAUGUUUACAAUGCCCUGGUCGGCCACACAGUCCUUCCCGCAUCCCCUCGCGACAAUCCGUACAAAGAACACGAAGCCAUCGGCUGCGAAUUUUGCAUCCUAUGCAGUGGUAGAAGUCAUCAUGUGGGAGGGCCUUGGGGAUCUGAUCAAUACUUUCCGAAAACGAGAACUUGGGCUGGACCCGUUGGACGCCAUUCGGGCGCCGAGUAUUGCGCACCGGCUGCAAAUCCCAUACACGUAUCUCUGGUCGCCAGCACUCCUCCCCAAACCCGGAGACUGGGGCGACAACAUCGACGUCGCCGGAUUCGCUUUUCUCUCCUCAGGAUCCGACUACAAACCCCCCGACGACCUGGACUCAUUCCUGAAAGCAGGACCACCUCCUAUUUACGUUGGAUUCGGCUCCAUCGUAGUCGACAAUCCGGGCUCGUUGACGAAAACCAUCUUCAAAGCCAUCCGCGAAAGUGGACAACGGGCGAUCGUUUCGAAAGGCUGGGGGAACCUUGGAGCGGGCGAGGACGAGAUCCCGGAGAACAUCUUCAUGAUCAACAAAUGUCCGCACGACUGGCUCUUUCAGCACGUUUCUUGCGUGAUCCACCACGGCGGAGCUGGCACCACUGCCGCCGGGCUGGUCCUGGGACGACCCACUAUCAUCAUACCCUUCUUCGGCGACCAGCCCUUCUGGGGCUCGAUCGUGGCUCGCGCAGGCGCAGGCCCACUGCCCAUCCCACACAAGCAGCUGGCGGUGGAGAAUCUAACCGAGGCGAUCAAGAAGGCCCUGGAGCCGUCGACGUUGGAAAAGGCCAAGGAAAUCGGCGAGCAGAUGCGCACGGAGCAGGGCGUGCGGAACGCGGCCGCUAGUUUCUACCAGCAUCUCGAUCUGGAGAGUAUGCGGUGCUCAAUCUGUCCGCAUCUGCCGGCCGUGUGGUGGGUUCGUCAUUCUCAUAUCAAGCUGAGCACGUUUGCGGCGGCAGUAUUGGUCGAGACGGGCUUGAUCAACCCACGCAAUGUUGUCCUGUACCGCUCACGCGAAUACGACACGAAUCGAGAUCCUAGGGGCCCUCUGACAGCAGGCGCAGAAGUGCUCUACGGCAUUAUCUCCGGGUUCGUCAGCGGCAUCGCCGACGUCCCCAGCGGAAUGGCGGGCAUCUUCUCAACCACGCAUGAACGACGACUCCACCAUAAACACGACUGGAAAAAGGACCGUCCCCCGUCGUGUCUUGAAGGAUCAUCCCUCCGCCAUCGUCGUGCCAAGUCAUCCCUCGAUUCGGGAGUUGGACCUGACGAGAUCCCUAACAAUAACCGGCCAGGACGGGGGCAAAGUCGGUAUGAGCCAGACAGUCCCCGCGACCAUACCUCCAAUGAUAUUUCCGAAUCCACAGAAUCCGACGAGGCGUACCACUCGGCCGAAGAAGAACUCCCCCCCGAUGUUUCCGACUCCGAUCAAACAGACGACGAGGCCAGUGAGUCAAGCCCGCGCACGAGCAGCUCCGAUACACUGGAAGACACCGAUGAAAUGGGUGCAGAGCUCGACCUCGAGCGAACGAUCACGCGACUUCGGACGAGGGAAAUGUCGCAUACGAAGGAAAUCCUGGCGGAGACGUCAUAUCAUAGCGGGAGAGCGGCCAAGCAUAUGCUGGACUGGGCGCUUAUGCUGCCGACCGACUUGACAUUGAGUCUGUCAAAAGGAUUUCACAACGCACCAAAGCUGUACCAUGAUCGGUUGGUAGAGGAGACGCCGAAAGUUCUGGGGUUUCGGAGUGGGUUUCGGGCUGCUGGGACGGAAUUCACCCACGGGUUCUAUAACGGCAUCACCGGGCUCGUGACACAGCCUGCGGUCGGGCUGGAAAGGUCGGGAAGCAAAGGACUGUUGAAAGGGAUCGGUAAGGGGAUAGGGGGUGUUUUCCUCAAACCUACUGCUGGCAUCUGGGGCUUAGCAGGAUACCCGCUGGACGGGAUCCAUAAGAGUCUCCGCAAUUCGCUAUCGAAGAGCAAAACGAGGGAUAUUCUGACCUCGCGGAUGCGGCAGGGCAUCGAGGAAAUGUGCGCGGCGACGACACAGGAACGAUCGGCCGUGAUUCAGAAAUGGCAUGAGUUGCAGCGAGCCGGCCUGGGGCAUGCGAGUGAGGAUAGUUAG